UUAAAAACAAACAACACUUGGAUUAACUUUUUUGAACCAGGAAACUUUUGUGAUGUGAUGGCAAAUAGGAAAUAGAGACUUAGUUCGUCACCUACAAGUUCCUGCCUGGUUUUGUUCGAAUUGUUUCCUCUGUGGUUUGUUUGUUCGAUGCAGUGCUAGGCCUUGCUGCAGUGCAGAUCACUUGUCAUUGAUGACAGCUGAUAAUUUGCAAUUGUUUUCUUACUGCUUAAUGAAAGUGUACUUUGACAUGGCUCCCUUUGUAUUGACCAUCUUUUCAAAAGUUACCUGCUUCAAGUCGUAUGGUUGUUGCUAGGUUAAAACUUUUCAAUAUGUUCACAGCAUAGGGUUGCAAAUGACAAUUUUUGUGUUGUGUUACAAUGACCAAAAUGUUAGAAGAAACCGAAGCUUUCCUUCCACCUGAGAUACUUUCUAUGAUAUUUGAAUAUCUGCCUGCAUCAGAUAUUGCCAAUUGUUCUCUGGUUUGUUUGCGAUGGCGAGAAGAAAUUAAUCGCAAUGAGCUUUGGAGACGCUUGUGUCUGCAGCGCGGUUGGGCUGAAGUUCUGGAUCAACCGGAAGUUUGGAGCCAAACUACUUCCCGUGUGGAGCCCAAUUUUAAAGCACCUGAGCAAAAAGAAGGAUCAAGACUAGUCCCAUUGUGCUCCUGGCAUGUGGACUUUCUUCAGUGUGCACAUCUGUACAAGAAUUGGAGACAAGGCUGUUAUGCCAUCCAGAACUUUGAUGAAAUUGUUUCUGAACAAUUAGGGCAUGUCCUCAUCACCUCAAUGGAUCUCAAUCGCAUGUUUGUUGUCCUCGGCGACGACACAGGUGGUGUUACAAUAUGGAAGCAAGCAAAAGAGAAGCCAGAAUUUGUUGAAUAUGUUUCCUGUUUAUUCUCAAAUGCUGUCAUAUCUGAAAUAUUUUUGGAGGGUACUUCUUUUGCGGUUCUUCAGCUUGGACUAUUACAAGUCUACCACAAAAGUGACAGUGGAAAUUACACUUUGUGUUAUACUAAGGCUAUGAUAGUUGAAGCACCUGAUUUGCCUCCAUUGUCUCUUGGCGAAACUGAUAAAGCCCUAGAUGAUUGGUUUGUGGAAAACAUCUAUGAAAAUUUUGAGGAGGAUGAAUUUCGCUAUGCAAGAGCAUGCCAAGAUCCUGUUGUAGCCUUUUGGGGUACUAUUAAAUCUGUAGAAGUUCUGUCCCUUAAACCUGGCGGAAAUCUUAAGACUUUGAAGUUACCAUUUGAAAACUAUAAAAUUAGUGAUGUUGCUCUUGGUUCUCAUGCCUCUCUUAUCUAUGUAGCCCUUGAAAGCAAAGUACUAGGGAAUGUUAUUUUAGAGUAUAGUUUAGAGAAAGAUUUAUGUGUGAAACAGCUUCAAGACACGUCUACAAUAAUGCGUAUUCAUUUAAAUUGUAACUUUCUUGUUAGUGUGAACAAGCAAGGAAUAUUCACUAUCUGGGACUGUUUGAAAGGAGGAAAGCAUUGUGUACUUCCUCCCCUGGGUCUUACAUUCCAAGACACAAGUUUGGGAUUGUUUGGAGAUUCUAUUUUAUACCAAUCAGGUAACACAAUUGGUUCUGUUCUAAACAGUACAGGGAAAAUUCAGUUCAACAAAUUUGAGGUGGAACCAUCAACUAAAUUUCUUACUAAAGGUAUGGGCGAUCUGUUCAUAUUAAGAAAUGGAGAAGAUGUUGAAGUAUGGAGUUGGUUAGACAAAACUCUAAAGUAUUGUAUCCAAGGGAUUUUGCGCAAGGAUGAUCGCUAUGCUGCGUGGUGUAAUGAUGCAUGUAUUGUUCUGUGGGGAUUUUACACACCACCAAUACUCAUUUGGUUCUGGUGAUUCCCUAUCCGUGUGAAGAAGUCAAUAGAACGUAAGUUAAUUUAAAACAAACCAUUACAUUUUAUAAAAUAUAUCUGUGAUAUGGCAUAAGUUUUAUGUAUGUUUGGAAGAAUUUAAAAAAAGGGAAAUUGGUGGUGUAACUACUUUUAGGCUGUUCUUUGAAGUACUUACACAUCAGAGAACUUUGUGUUUGUAUGAAAAAAUUAUAUUUUGCGAGUUAUCUUAUUUGUCAUUUAUCAUUGAGCCAAUGUUAUCAAUGUUAUCUUAAAAUAUUGAUUAAAUAAAAUAUGUUGUCAGUAAUUGA